CUCGCGGAAGCCCGGCAGUGCGCGUGCGCCGGUGCAGCGCUCCACAGUAGAAAGGGACAGCUAGUGGUUGCCCGGGAGGGUGGCGGGGGCCGUCCCCGGAAAUAAUCUCUGUUCUCAGUCACCGGGAGUUGGCGAGGUAUCCUCUGCGGUGGAGAGGAAAUGCAGCCUCAGCGUGAUUCCGUAUUGCAGCAGUUCAAAGAAUUCUGAACCAUAACCUGAGCUUAGUCCCAGACUUGGAAUGGCCACAUAUCAAGGUGAAGUUCAAAGUUUGAAACUGGAUGAUGAUUCAGUCAUAGAAGGAGUAAGUGACCAAGUACUUGUGGCAGUUGUGGUCAGUUUCGCUUUGAUUGCUACCCUGGUAUAUGCACUUUUCAGAAACGCACAUCAAAACAUUCACCCAGAAAACCAAGAGCUAGUGAGGGUGCUUCGGGAGCAGCUUCAAUCAGAACAGGAUGCGCCAGCUGCCACUCGACACCAGUUUUACACUGACAUGUACUGUCCAAUCUGCUUACAUCAGGCCUCCUUCCCUGUUGAAACAAACUGUGGACAUCUCUUUUGUGGUACCUGCAUUAUUGCGUACUGGCGAUAUGGUUCAUGGCUGGGGGCAAUCAGUUGUCCAAUCUGUAGACAAACGGUAACCUUACUGCUAACAGUCUUUAGUGAAAAUGACCAGUCUCAGGAUGUCACACCAUUGCGUCAAGAUAUUAAUGAUUAUAACCGGAGAUUCUCAGGGCAGCCCAGAUCUAUCAUGGAAAGAAUUAUGGACCUACCCACUUUACUGCGGCAUGCUUUCAGGGAAAUGUUUUCAGUCGGGGGCCUUUUCUGGAUGUUCCGUAUCAGGAUAAUACUUUGUUUAAUGGGGGCUUUUUUCUAUCUUAUAUCACCUCUAGACUUUGUACCUGAAGCCUUGUUUGGGAUUCUAGGCUUUCUAGAUGAUUUCUUUGUCAUCUUUUUGUUGCUUAUCUACAUCUCUAUUAUGUACCGAGAAGUGAUAACACAGAGACUGAACAGAUGAAAAUCAAUGUUUACUGAAGUAUUAGAGCUAAUGUGUAAAAUCAGACAGAAGGACCCAUGGCAGUGUAAAGCAUCUGAAAAUUAUCUUACAAGCUUAAAACCACCGUAUGACAACAAACAUUUGAUUAUCAUUUGGCAAAUGCCUAGCCAUAUAGGACUGGAAUUUUUACAUGUUGCAGAUUCUAAUAUUAAGGUUAGAAUUAUAAUAAUUUACAGUUGUAUCUUGAUCGUGUGUUGUCUUUGGACAACACUUUGUCUCUGGAAAAAAUAUGGAAUUACAUAAAAAGGGAUGCUUUUCAAUCUUUCUCUUUUCCCCCAAAUUACUCAUUAAUUGGCUGUAUAGUAAGAUACUGUUAACAGUAUAGUUUACCCAAUUUGUCCUUCUCAGUGAGUACCUAUGCGAUAAUCUAUUGCUAUAAGACUCAUCUAAAUAUUUUUGUUACAAUAAAAUAUUGUACAAUAUUGGGGAAAAGUCAUUUUUUUAGUACUAGCUAAGUUUUGUGCAUUUGGAGCAGUUCUGCUUUUCCAUUCUGAUAUAAAGUUCUCCAUUAUCAGCUGAAAGUGAAAGAAGAAACUUGAACUUUAUAAUUUGAUUUCUAUUCUGGUUUAGAAAACACUUCUUAAUAGAAAAAGUGACAAGAUGUAAGAUAUUAAUCUCUGGUCAGCACACUUGAUGGUCUUAGUUAUGACAGUUAAACAAGAGUUUGGUCCUUUUAUAGGAAUAGUAUAUAAAAGUAACUUAUAAAAGGGAAUUUUUUUCAGGAACCUGGAUAAUACUGCAACACGUAGUAGUUUGAUGCAUUUCUGAGGAAAGUGGAUCUUCAUGACUUUGAGCAUCAAAGACUUAGGAGGAUAUUAGGAACACUAUUUAAAUUUGACAAGAGAAAUUACUGGUGAGCUAUAGCAACAGAAUGGACAAAUGUGGUUAGUUUUCUCUUGUCAGAAAACUUUUGUAAUCCUGUCCCCAAAUGGGAGCAUAUAGCCCAGAUACAUCCAUCUCAUGCAGAAUGAGCCAGUGCCGUCUGAGGUGAUUCAGGAGGAAAGUUCUGUUGGUUCUUUGAUGGCUACAGCAUUAAGUAUCUAACGCUCUCUGCUGCAGUUUUCUGUUUGAUAAGAAUUAAAACCACGAGUAUUAUGAAAUCCUGACUCUCACUGGCACUGCUCAUUAGUGAACUGGACCGAGUCACUGAUGCCCAAGGCUCGUGUUAGCUCUGUCACCUGUAAUCACUGAUGGUCACACUGUUAUUCAUGUAUUAGUGAGCUUCACUAUAAAUACAUAGGGAGAAAAAGAAGAAAUUGGUCACAUUCUCCCAAGUUAAUCAGAUUAGCCAUCAACUAACAAGAUGCCAAAUGAAAUAUCAGUAGUGUUUUCUCAUUUUGGGCCUAGGACAAAGCUGUUGCUUGUCAUAGAGAAAAACAAUAAUGCUUAAAUAUAGCACACUAUAAUUAAAGCGAUUUCUCACAUACUUUUCAUUUUGUCCUUAAGAAUUAUGUGAAGAAGGCAGGGCAUUGCCUUCCUUUUCAUAGGUGGAAUCUCUAUGUUAAAGACGAAAGCUUUUUUGCCUGAAGCCGCACACAAAUAAGUGACUGAACUGGUGUUAGACGCUUCCUAGGCCUCCUGUGUGGGUUCAGAGAAGCGAAGACUGGUAUGAAGAGGGGACGCAGGGGAGAAACUGGGACCUUUCAAAGUCUUCUGGAACACAGUGGAUUAGGAUAGCUUGGGUGCUCCUCAAAGGAAAGGUCUAGAAAGAUGGUAUAUCGAGAUUUCCUGAAUCCUAAUUCUACACUUCCAAAUCAAACAUCUAAUAGGGUGGCAUACUUCAUAGAAAACAUGUCAGCUGUAGUCACCAACCUGACAAGCUGAUGAGUAGGAGUUUGUUACACCACCAUUUACCAGACUAGAAACACAUUUCCUACCAAUUACAGAUUUGGUGUGGGCUGCAGCGGUGUCGUUUUGAAAGGAUUUAAUUUUCUGUGCAUGUGUUCUGCUCUGCUUCUAGUUACAAUAAUUUUAUUGUAAUAUUUAGAAUUCCUAAGACUUUCCUGGUAGAAGUGUAUUGUACCAAAUUUUGUAACAUAAAAAACUGUGUGAUCUGAAGUCUUAUUAAAUUGAAAAGGGAACAUGCUGACAUCUCAGAAUUUUAGAUCUGUCUGCUUAUUAUGUCAUCUUUAUUGAUCACCAAUAAUAAAUGUAGAUGGGAUCUGAAAGAAUAUUUAAAGCAAGUAGAGUCAAUCAGUGUUUUAAACAUUAUAGUAAUCCUUCUAGGACUCAGAGUUAAACCAUACAAAUCAAAGCAACAAUUUGUAUUUUUGUAAACAGCAAGAUUGUAACUUUCACAAAAACAGAUGGUCUAACCCCAGGAGCAGAUGAUAACUUGGGCAGCUCUGUGGGGAACAGGAUGGAGGAAACACUUGUUCUAACUGCCGCCUGGAACAGCGGUUUCAGUACUGCAGCUCUCAGCCUUUGAGAGCAAGGGAAGAAAGGACUGUGCUGGUGCCUGUGGCUGUGCAGGCACCUACCUCCCAGAGUUGUUGCAGUGGAUCGACGGUUUGGUUUGGUUCAAACCUUGUGAUUUAAGUUUGUCAAGCAGCUAUUCUUUUGAAUAAAAGCAACAUAUCUAAAAUGGAAA